AUGGCGGCCCUUAGAUUUGUUAGAUCGGUCCUGAAAUCAUUUCAAGCUGAGUCCGGUUUGGAGCCGAGACUCUUUGGAGAAAACAUUCGAGUUACGGCAGCGGAACCAGGCCGCGUGGAAUUCGAACUAGACCUCCGUAAGGAGCAUAUGAAUCGUUUGAGUAUUGUGCAUGGUGGAACCAUUGCAAGCAUGGUUGACUUAGGAGGUUCGCUUGCAGUGGCGUCAAGAGGGCUAUUUGCAACAGGGGUAUCAACAGAUCUCAACGUCACAUAUCUAAGCGCCGGCGGCCAAGUUGGGGACGUCUUGAAAGCUGUUGUUAAGUGCGAUAAGUUUGGAAAGAGCCUAGCCUAUACUUCCAUCUCAUUCACAAAUAGCAAAGGGGAAAUUGCUGCAAGGGGCAGUCAUACAAAAUACGUCGCAUUGGCUUGGAAACACCCGCAAAAUAUUGUCGAGGAACUGUCUCCAAGGAAAACGGAAAAGUCAUAA